UGUAGACUUGCCUCUUAUUAUUGGUUGAAAUGACCACCAAUCCCACGUUGAAUUCUAUUCUAUUAUCUGCAACUGGUUGUUCCAUUAUUAUUUUAUUUUUAUUUGAUUCGACUUUUUUUUCUCUCUCUGCUCUCCACUUUAAGACUAGGUCUGGCACCUCCCUUUGCUUUUGUUGCUAUUUCCAGGAUAGAAGCAGUUCGGAGGAUAGAAACAUUGGUCGACCUUUUUUCCCCUUCAAGGGGGCCACAGGCACUAAGGGACCCGACAUCCGGAGUAGUCCAUCCACACUGCUCCGGUCGCCGUGCAGUUGGUAGUGGAUAAGCCAUCCCGCCAGCGUUGAUAGGUUCCAAGUUUUGCUAGCAUGCAUGUACUAGCUAUGUCCAUCCGCGCCACAGGCUCGUGUAGUGAUAUGAUUCGGUUAUGGUGGGAACUCAAAAAAAGGGCAGAAAAUAUAAAAUAGAUAAAAAAGAUAAAAAAG